AUGUUUGAUUUGAAUCAUAGUGAUAAUAAUGGAGGGAGGAAGAUGAGGCCAACCAACACAAAACAGGUCGCGGAAGAAGACAAAGAGGAGGAGAGGUUGGUCCGAGUGCAAGAGGGUCAGGCCAAUGCAAAUACACUGAUGAGUGUCAACACAAGAAAACCGACAUUGGCUCUCGCCAUGCAUACUUCCUACAUUUCUUCGCUUGUUAUUAUUCUUAUUCAUGUUUCUCCGACGGAUUUGCACAAAGCAAUGUUCUCCCCAGACUUUGAAAAUACUACAGCUGAUCCUAAUUCGAUCAGAACGCUCAAUAAUAUUCUAGAAUCUAUAAAUGAGAAAGUUGCUGUCCCUUCUCAAAUUUCAUUUGAAUCUGAUUAUGGAGAUGCAUACACGAAUGUGUACAACACACAUGCCCCUCACUACAAUACUAUUCGCAAUUGGUUCCAUCGUUUCGAAAAAGAUGACUUCUCGCUCGAUGAAAAGGAUCGCUCUGGGAGACCCCGUGAGUUGGAUUUGGACAAGCUGAAGCACGCAUUGCAAUCGGAUCCAUUUCAAUCUAGCCGUGAACUAGCUGUCACAUUCGGAGUUCACCAUAGCACAGUCCUUGAAGGUUUGAAGUCUCUUGGAAUGAGAAAACUUUUUGGUCGAUUCAUACCUCAUCACCUGACUCAAGCCAACCUUGACCGCCGAGUCGACGAUUCGAUUACUCUUCUCACUCUCCACGCGGGCGAUCGAUGGCUGGACCGGCUAAUAACCGGAGAUGAGAAGUGGGUCUUCUACGAUAAUCACCACAGGAAAUCCCAGUGGGUUGGAGAAGGAGAGAGCCCACAGGAUGUCCCCAAACCCGACCUUCAUCCGAAAAAAGUUAUGCUCUCUGUGUGGUGGGGAGUGGACGGCCCCAUCUACUGGGAACUUCUGCCCGAGGGCAAAACAAUAACUGGAGACCUCUACACUACUCAACUACGAAACCUCAAGAAAGCAGUCGACCGUUCGGCCCUGAAAGACAAGAAAGUGUACUAUCAACAUGAUAACGCUCGCCCACAUGUUUCGAAACAAGUGAAGCAGGAGCUGAUGGGAUAUGGAUGGAAUGUUCUCCCUCACCCCCCGUAUUCUCCUGAUCUUGCUCCUUCCGACUAUUGGUUAUUUGGCGAUAUGACACUGCCUUCGAAGGAAGAAGCUUCAAUUCCCGUGGAGCGGUCGAAGCGGCACUCAAACAAUACUUUGCCUCACGCCCGGCUGGAUUCUACCGCAAUGGAAUCCAUAAAUUGA